AUGGCAUCUUCAAUCUCACUGAAGGGCUCCACACGUACCGUCACCGAAUUUUUCGAAUACAGUAUCAACUCUAUUUUAUACCAGAGAGCAGUUUAUCCCCCAGAGGAUUUUAGCACAGUGAAGAAGUAUGAUCUGAAUCUUUUGAAAACGCAUGACAAUGAUCUGAAGCAAUACAUAAGAAAAAUCUUACUCCAAGUACAUAGAUGGUUGCUAGGUGGCAAGUGCAACAAGUUGGUACUCUGCAUAGUCGAUAAGGACACAUGUGAAAUAACUGAGAAGUGGGAAUUUGAUGUUGCUCACAACAGUAAAAUGGAAUCUGCUCACCAAGAACAAAUUGAUGCGACGGAGACUCAGAAACAGAUACGCGCCCUCAUGAGACAGAUAACAGCAAGCGUAACGUUUUUGCCUGAACUCUCAAACGAAGGCAAUUACACUUUCAACGUAUUGGCCUAUACAGACGCAAACGCCAAAGUUCCCCUAGAAUGGGCAGAUUCUGAUCUGUCGGAGAUUGAUGCUGGUGAAGUAGUCCAGUUUAAAAAUUUCUCUACAAACGAUCAUAAAAUAAGUACACGAGUGAGUUACAGAGUCAAUGAGUAG